UUUAAGUGGCUAAAAGAAUCUCAAAACCUGCACAGAUAUGUAGAGGAGGCACUUAAAAACUUUUCAAAGCUUCCUAACCCAGCCCAACAGCAGCUUGUUGCAAACAAUUUAUGUUCAGCUUUAUGCCUCAUGGAAGAAAUACCAGUGAAGUUUUCAUGUUCCCUUGUGCCCAUCCUUCUGCAGUGUCUUGCAAAGACCAGGGAUAAUACUGAAACAGUUCUUACAUUGCUUUAUGUCGUCACACAAAAGACCCCCAAACAGAAAGAUGGAUGGGAUGCCCACUUUAUCUCAAAGAUGUGCGAAGGCGUAGUCCUCUUUACAGAUCCAAAGUACUCGGCUGAAAUUAGUGCAAUUGCCUAUGGGAUAAUAAGCGAACUAUAUUUAUAUGGGGGGGGGGCCUGAGGUUAUCACAUCCCUUGGUGUUACAUCAGUCCCUGAGAGGGUUUUGAACGCUGCAGAUAGCUCUAUAAAUGAACCUUUGAAAAAGAAAUUGAGAGAACUGAAUGAAAGUCUUAGAAAGCGAUCUUCAGAUGGGCAGUUUUUAGAUCAGGAAACAUUUACUCUGGAACAAGAAAAAAGAAAGAAGAAGAAGAAGAAAAAGAACAAGAAGAACAAACAUAUAAAUGAAGUGGAGGCUGGUUCAAUGACUGGAACUUCAGACUUUAACACGCCAGUGAAUUCAGUGGAGGAAUCUCUCUCUGUUGAUGAAAGCUCAAGUGUUACAACUUUUCCGUCCGUCACUGGCAUUGAGACAAUAUCAAUUCCCCGACCUUGGCUCAAAAUCAGUGUACGCUGGAGGCUAAAGUUGGAAAAGCUUGCUAACAUGACAACGGCAGAGGUGAAGAGAGUUAGAAAUCUCACUUUUUGUGUAAAUUUGGACUAUCUGAUUGCAAAAGGUAGUGAUGGCACUGAGGUAUUUCUUGGCCUCAGAGAUGACGGGACGGAAGUUGCUAUUAAACGCAUGACCAAGUCAAACUACCAGCUGCUUAAAAAUGAGGAGGCAUUCUUGCGUCUGCCACAGCUUGAAAGUCCCAAUAUUGUGCGAUAUGUGGACUUUGCUGAGGAUGAAAACUUUGGUUACCUAGUCCUUCAGCUUUGUGAAUAUACCCUGGAAGAAUACAUUCAAGGUGGCUUACCAGAGGACUGCCUGGAGAAGAGGAUCGUUCUGAAGACAAAAGUGGAAGAAGUUCUUCGUAGUUUAGAAGUCCUCCAUUGUCAUGAAGCCAAAGUACUCCACAGGGACAUCAAACCCCAAAAUGUUUUGAUUGACAUUCAAAGAAAAGCAAGGUUGGCUGAUUUUGGCAUCAGCAGAAGACUGAAUGUUGGACAAACAACAUUGGUCACCAGGCCUGCAGGGACCAAAUGCUGGAAGUCCAGAGAAGUUAUUGAGGAGGACAGUGACAUUGGCUUUAAGAGAAGCUCAGAUGUUCAGGUUGCAGGAAUGCUGGUGUACUACAUCCUCUCCUGUGGACACCAUCCUUUUGGGAAAGGAAGUCGCUGUGAGACAAAUAUUCUAGACGGGAAGUACAAUUUGGAUUUGGUGGAAGAUGAGCUGGCUAAAGAUCUCAUCAAGUGGAUGAUCCAGGCUGAACCCAGCCACAGACCAAGGGUGGAGGAAACACUCACUCACCCCUACUUCUGGAAAAAUGAGAGGGAUGUUGGAAGUAUUUUCUAAGAGGGGGUGCAAAUGGGUUAGCACAACCAUAGCUGUAGGUAAAGGGAGAUGCAGAUCAUCUCAUGAAUUCAUUUAUUUGGGUAAGC